AUGGCAGCCCUGGUGCGUGCACUGACCCUCCCUGUGCUGCUUGCCGAGAGAGCGCGUGCAGCAGAGGCGGUGCGUGUGGCCCUGCGCAACAGCCGCAGCAACAAGGACGCGUUCAUCUCCGCAGGAGGCGUGGCCGCGCUGCUGGCUCUGCUCCGAGACCUGCUGCUCGCGCUGCUUGGCCCGGUCGUUGGCCUGCGCGCUUUCGAUGCUCCGCUGCUGCAGCAGGGACGCCUGGUGCGACCGGGUUCGCAGUGGCAGCAGCAGCAGCAGGUACUAACCAAGAUGGGAUGGCAGCAGGAGGCAGCAAAGGGAAUUGAGCAGGGCGAACGGGCGGGGGAUGGUGAUGUUGACGCGUUGCUGCUGCUGGUGCGCGGAUUGGAGCACUGUGUGACGGCACUGCUCAACAUGUCCCUCGUGCCCGGCACCAGUCAAGUCAUUGCCGCCUCUGGCGGGAUUUCCAUCCUGGCGUGCGUGCUGCAACUCCCUGCUGACUGUAGCAGCGGCGGCGGCGGAGGCGGCAACGGCGGCGGCGGCACGUGCAGCAACGGCACCACCAACACCACCACGAGUUAUUGGAGCAGUGGCGGUGGCGGUGGUGACUGGAGCACGGACGGUGCAGGCGAGCGAGCGGGAAUGCUUCUGGAGGGGAGCCAGCUGGCGAGUGCAGAGGCGCAGCAGUCAGUAGCCACCAGCAAGGCCAACACCGCAGCAGCUCUCUUCGUGCUGUCAGCAGCAGAGGAGCACCGGGAGCUGGUGCGGGAGGCAGGCGCUAUUCCGCUGCUCGUGCAGCUGCUGGUGUGUGGCAGCCUGCGCGCGCGCAAGGACUCUGCACUCGCGCUCUUCCACCUCUCGCGCAACGCAAGAUGUGCCGCGGAUAUGGUGCGAGCCGGCGCUGUUGACGUGCUGCUGUCGCUGCUGCACUCCCCGGGGAGACCUGAGCCGCAGCAGCAGCAGGGGAAGGAGUGGCGGCUGCAGCAGGGGCGGCAGCAGGGGCAGCAGCAGGGAGGGCAGAGAGGGCGGUCUCAGGAGAAGGCAAGCAAUAGCACGAGAAGCAGAGAGAAGAACCCAGCUGCGUGCAGGACAGAGGUAGGAGCUGGAGGAGCGAGCUGUGGUGGCGCUGAUAAUCUUGGUAGUGCCACCGGUGCUUCUGGUGCUGCUGAUAGGGCUGGUGAUGCUGGUGGUGCCGAUAGGGCUGGUGGUACUGGUGGUGCUGGUGGCAGUGCGAGCGGGGAUAGCAGAGACGAGGAAGCAGGUGGCGGAGGCAUGGCAGGCAAGUGCUUGGCAGUGCUGGCGAAUCUGGUGAAGGAGGGCGUGGGCGUGCGUGCAGUGGCAGCAGCCGUUGCUCCCCACCUGCCUGCUCUCGUGCACCUGGUGCAGCGCGGCAGCCCCCGCACGCGCGAGGACGCCGUCGCCAUCCUCUCGGAGCUCUGCUGUGCUCGUGACGCUCAUGCUCAUGCUCAUGCUCAUACUCGCGUGGAGACACUCACCAACCGAGCACGUGACAGGGCAGGGCACAGGGCGGGGGACAGGGCAGGGGACAGAGCAGGGGACAGAGCUGCUGACAGGGCAGGGGACAGGGGAGGUGACAGGGCAGGGGACAGGGGAGGCGAUAAGGCAAGUGAAAGAGCUGGUGACAGGAGAGGUGAUAGGGCAGGGGAGAGAUACAAGGCGCACAGCAGCAGCAGCAGCUCUGCAUUGCUAUCACCCCGCUCGGCAUCCUCACGGCCGUCGUCCUCAGCGUCCUCCCGUCCCUCCACAUCAUCACGCCCAUCCUCAUCCUCCUCCACGUUCUCCUCAGCUUCCUCCUUCUCCUCCCUCUCCUCCUUCUCUUCCUCUUCAUUGUUCAUCCCCUCAGUUCCACCCUCCUCCUGGUCCUCCUCCCUCUCCUGCCAGGUGCCAGCAGCAGUAGCAGCCCCAUCUGCUCUCGCUGCGGCCCAUCCCUUGACUCUUUCAAUCCCGUACUCACCUAAAGGCCCAUCGCUGCCGUCGCCUGUGGCAGCACCACCCGACUCGCCCGUUCCUUCUGUUUCAGCAUCGUUCGCCGCGUCAGCUCAAGCAUCGUUCGAUCAUCGCGCCGACAUGGCCAAGGCUCUGCCACGUGUCAACCUGGCGGAGGUGCAGCACGCGCUCUGCAUGGCGGUGGGGCCGAUGCGCGAGGCGCGGUACCUUCAACUCCUCGGCGAGUAUCUCAACAUGCGCCUGUCGAAGCGCGAGCUCGAUCGGCUCGUUCCCGCCACUCUCGGCUCCGAAAACGUCUUCCUGCACAACUCGUUCGUCCGCGCCGUCUUCGCUUCCGCCUGCGCCAGCGACGCCCCGCCCCCGAAUGCCACCCGCGCGGACGCCGCCGCCGCCAAUGCCGCCAGCGCCUGGGCUGCGGGGAUCGCGGAUCCCGCAGCAGCGGCGGGAGGCAGCGCGGAAGGCGAAGCGAGAAAGCAAGGCGCGGGCGGCGGAGGCGGGGCAAGCGCAGGCGCGGGGGGAAUGGCUGGUGGCGGGUUUGAGGGCGCUCUUCCGCAGUUGGCGGGUUUUGACCCGUCCUCCGCCUCGCCGUUCGCGCAAGACGCGGGCAUGGAUCGGGAGAACGGAUACGAGGCGCCGUCGCAGCCUUCCCCCAAGCGUCAGCGGGGCCUAGCAGCGCGGGAUCGGAAACAAGCCGCCGCCGCUGCCGCUGCCGCCGCCGCCGCCGCCGCCGCCGCCGCCGCCGCCGGUGCCGCUGGUACUGGCAGUGUUGGCGGCGAGUCGGGUGCAGCAGGGUCCGAUGGUGGCCUAAGAAAGCGGAUCUAUGGAAGAACUUCAGACGGAAUCGUCCCAGCGAGCCCUGCUGCUGACGAUGCUGCUUUUAACGAGUACGCUGACCCUUCCUCGCCGAGCGCCGUGGCUGCCGCUGCGGGUGGCCCGGGCGCGGCGGCGACGCCGCCUACUGCGGGACUGGCUGGCUCGCGCAUGGCUUCCGCGGACGCGCGCAUCAACGGCGCAGCAACAGGCGCCGGCGGGGAUGCGCACGACGGCGCAGGCGGGGAAGCUUCCGCUCGCCCGUGGAAGCGGCUCAAGGUGGGGCGCGGGGGCACCGGCGGAAGAUCCGCGCGGAUGGAAGCUGCUGGCGCGGAUGGCAGCAAGGGGGAAGGGAUGGAGGACGGGGACUGGGCUCUCCCCGCGGACGGAGAAGGGGACUGGGGGGACGGCGGGGCAUCUGGGGGGCCUGCGGGAUUGUGGCCCGCGCGGGGGGAGCCGCAUGGGGAGCAGCAGGGGGAUCGGCGCGCUGGGGCUGGCGGAAAGGGCAGGCCGCCCCUUCCGCGGCCAGGGGGACCGGCUCCGCCGCCCCCUGUGUGCUUGGCGCAAGCAUGGAUGGGGGAGCAACAGGCGGAGCUGCUAGGGCUACCGCUGGGCCGAGUGUGGGGGGACCACGAGGUGAAACGAGAGGCGGGUGAGGGGGAAGAGGAGGACAGAACUUACCGAGGAGAGGAGGAGGCGGAGGAAGAGGACGGGAAAGGAACGCCAGCAGCAGCAGCGGCGGUGGUGGCGGCGGCGGCAGGGGGUAUGGGGGGCGCGCCAGAGAUCAGCAGGGAGACGGAGGCGCGGCAGAAAGCGGCGCUGGAUGCGUUUCUGUCCGUUCCGCUGUCCGCCCCGCUGGGUAUCCCCUUCCUCGCGUCCAGCCGCGGGGGCGCGGCGGUUCCCGUCGCCCCGCGCCCCCCGCCCGGCAUGCCCCUCACGCACACGCUCCUGGGCUGCCCGCUGGACUCCGCCGCCGCGGAUGCCGCCGCCGCCGCCGCCGCUGGUGCUGGUGGCGCGUGCGCAGAUGAUCCUGCUCCCCAUUCAGGCGGCUUGGGGGAAGAAGGAGAAGGAGCAGCAGCAGCAGCAGCAGGAGGAGGAGGAGGAAGAGGAGGGAGAGGAGGAAAGGAAGCAGGGCGGAGGAGGCAGGGGGGCCCUGGGAGAGGGUCCGGGGGGUGUUUACCCACGAGUGACGCGCUGCUGGUGCGCAUGCGGCAGGUAGCGAUGAGAGAGAGCGGGCUGGCGGGCGGAGUGAGCGCGGAAGCGGCGGAAGUGGUGCAGAGGGCGCUUAUCUUGCAUCUCACUAAUAUCAUCCGCUCCUGUGCUGCUGUUGGCCGCUCCGCUGGUGCUGCUGCUGGCGCCAUUGCUGCUGCCUCUGCUGCUGCUGGUGGUGAUAGCAGGGGAGGUGGUGGUAGUGGCGGUAGUGGUAGGGGGGUCGGGGGAGGGGCUGGGGACGGGAAGGGCGGCGGAGGGAGGCUGCCUCUUCCCCCUCUUGCGCUGCUCGCGGAUAGGAGAGGAGCAGCAGGGGGCUGGGGGGGAGGUGGAGGAAGAGGAGGGGGGAGAGGAGAAGGAGAGGGGAAUUUGGAGCUUGGGUUCUCGAGUUUACACCUGGGGGAUAUGCUAGGCCCGAAUAUCCCGAGCGUGGGCGCGAAUGGGUGUGGACCUGUGGUCCCGUCUGCUCCGCUGCUCUUCUCCUCCCCUUCCCUCUGCCCGUUAGGGUUGGCCAUGCUAGGGCAAAGUGCGGCAGCUGCUGGUGUGGCGAGAGGGAGUGGCUUAGGGAUGGGGAGAGCAGGGGGGAAAGGAAUGGGCGCAAGGAGACGAAGAGGGAAGUUUUUGGGAGUGCGGGGUUGGGAAGGUGGGGUGGAGGGGGGUGAGGAGGGGGAUGAUGAGGAGGAGGAAGAGGAUGAGGUGGGAGAUGAUUUUGAUGGUAAUGGUGUGGGAGGGGAGGGGGAACAGGGCAUGGAGGAGGAAAAGGAGGAGGAUGACGAAGAUGAGGAGGAGGAGGACGAGGAGGAAGAUGAGGGGGACGGGUUAGAGGGGACGGGGGAAGAGGAGGAGGAAGAAGAGGAGGAAGAGGAGGACGAGGAGGAGGAGGAAGAGGACGAGGACGAGGAAGGAGAGGAGGAAGAGGGGGGAGAGGAAGGGGAUGAGGAGGAUGAGGACGAGGAAGUGGAAGGAGAUGAGGAGAAGGAGAGAGGGGAAGGAGAGCAACAGAUGGGUAUGGGCUUAAUGGCUGGCUGGCAGCAGCAGAAUCAGCAGUCGUGGCAGCAGCUGCAGUGGCAGCAAGUGCAGGGGAAAGGUCGGACAGGAAUCAGUGAGGAGGACGCACUGUUGAAUCAGCAGCAGCAGCAGCAGAAUGGGCACAUGUAUGGUUUCAACGGGCAGGCACAGCUUCAUCGCCUCAACGGCCUGAGCCUCACUAGGGUCUCUUCUCGUCUGCAAGCACUGGACCUUCAUUCACACCCACCAAUCCACGCUAACAUCCGGUACCAGUAG